CAGUUUAUACAAAACAUUUUUUGCUCAUGUUUAAAACUCGAACAGGGAAAGUCAUUUUGGGCUUUAGCUAAAAACGUAUAACGAUGUCUGAUAUUAACUUGGCUGCCUUCGACGCUUUUCGGCGGGAUCUGGCCCGCAUACAAAAGACUUUCAACUCGUGCACACAAACGGAUUUCACGCAAGAGGUUGGCACAAGCACCGAUUUGGAGAAGAGACACCAAUAGCACUCGGUCAAGUGUUAUGGCAACGUCUCUUGAGUCGAAGGACAACGCGUCAAACAGCUCCGGCUCGAGCCAGCGAAAAAAUUACCCAAGCGAAUGGACGGAUGAGAUGAAAGCGGCACUGGAGCUUAAGUCGGAAACACGAUGGAUGCCAUCCAAAACUAGCAUCUCUAGC